AUCUCUUCUUCUUCGUCUUCUUCUUCGCUUUUUUCUGCUCUUUUCACUCCUUUCACUCCUUUUAUCUUCUUCUCCCCCCUUUCUUUUCUUUCUUUUUUUUUUUUCAGACUCCGCGUCUUUUUCUAUAUUCUUCUCACUUUCUUCUUCAAUAUACAGAGGAAAACUCCACUUGUACACUUGCAUUCUUCGUCGCUGUCUCUUCUCUGCUUCUGUUUGCUUUGCUGAGAAUUCUCGAGUUUCUUCGGGCAAAAAAGAUGCAUACCGAUGGAUAUUUGAGUUGCAGGCAUACAAUGCGAGGAGAAAAUACUACUUAUCCGGAAGGAGAAAUUAAGAUAAGUUUUGGCUAUCAAUGCAACAGCAGUAAAGGUAGCUCUUGUGAGGCCUCCAAUGCUUGUGAAAUCCUAUCUGGCACUGGUCUCUCAAGGGCCAGCAGUUUUUCUUGUUUGUCUGGUGCUGCAUUAAGUGCCAAUGCUACAUUGGCUAACACAAAUAUCUGCAAUGGAGUGAUUGGGGCAGAAAUACUUCCCAGUUGGGAUUCCCCUAAUUCAUUUCGUAGGAUUCCAUCUUCACCAACUCUUUCAAGGUUGGAUAUAUUAUCAUCGUCUCUCCAAAGCAGUAUGUCAAAUUUAAGCUGCAGUCCUUCCAGUCCGACUGAUGCACCUGAGUAUGAUUAUUUGUUGAAAUCCAUGAGUGCUCCUUCCAGAAGUGAAGGUUUUCUUAGUGCUAUGGAAGUACAAGUGGCAGGUGGCGCUGCUGGUGAGGACAGGGUUCAAGCUGUUUGUUCUGAAGAAAAUGGCUGGCUAUUUUGUGGUAUCUAUGAUGGCUUUAAUGGAAGAGAUGCAGCUGAUUUUUUGGCAGGAACAUUAUAUGAAACCAUCAUGUUUUACUUUAAUCUAUUGAAUUUCGAAACAAAGCAGGAGGCUAUUAGAACAUGUGAAGAUUUCAACGUGGAUAGAUCUUUUCAAUGUAUUACUGAAGCUAAUAAUAGUAGCUAUCAGAAAAUUUCUUCAAGAACUGAUAGCACUGAGGUUAAUAAUUUUACCAAAAAAAAUCCAUCUCCCAAAGUUGAUGUCUCAUCUGAUUCAUUUAGACAAGGGGUGCUUGAUAGCCUCCAGCGUGCUUUAAGUCAGGCAGAGAAUGACUUCUUAUAUAUGGUAGAGCAGGAAAUGGAGGACCGGCCUGACUUAGUUUCUGUAGGUUCUUGUGUUCUGGUCGUGUUUCUUGUUGGAAAGGAUUUGUACACGCUCAAUUUAGGUGACAGUAGAGCUGUUUUGGCAUCAUAUGGUGAAGAAAAUGAAAUGAGCUACAGCGGAAUGCUGAAAGCUGUUCAACUUACGGACAAUCACACUGUUGAAAAUGAAGUUGAAAGGAGGAGACUUUUGCACAAUCAUCCCGAUGACCCCAUGCCAAUUAUAGCGGGAAAAGUGAAAGGAAAAUUGAAGGUCACACGUGCACUUGGAGUUGGUUACUUGAAAAAGAAAAAUCUAAAUGAUGCAUUGAUGGGUAUUCUUCGAGUUCGUAACCUCCAAAGCCCUCCCUAUAUCUCAACACAGCCAUCAGCGAACGUGCAUAGAAUCUCAAAAUCUGAUCAGUUCAUUAUAGUCGCGAGUGAUGGUCUAUUUGACUUCUUUAGCAAUGAGGAGGCAGUAAAGUUGGUCCAUUCUUAUAUUUUGAGCAACCCUUCUGGUGACCCAGCAAAGUUUUUAUUAGAGCAGCUUGUGGUGCGAGCUGCUGAUUGUGCAGGUUUCAGUAUGGAAGAAUUGAUGAAUGUUCCAGCUGGUAGGAGGAGGAAAUAUCAUGAUGAUGUCACUGUGAUUGUGAUUAUUCUGGGAACAAAUCACCGCACGUCAAAGGCAUCGACUUGUCUAUAAGAUUUUUACAGCUGGUUUAUCUGUCUAGCAACAGUAUUCAAUCUAUUCCCUGCCUUCUGCCUGUAUAUAUAGCUAAGGUUAGAUGCAUAUCCUCUUGUACAAAAGCUUUUUAUUGCCCAAUUUUUGCAUGGCACUCAAUUUUGUCGAAACUUUUUUUUUUUUUUUUCCCUAAUAGAAAUUAAGCUUAUUCCUUUAAAAAGAAUGCUCUCAAUUUUGCACUCAAGAGGGGUGCACCACCUGCAUAGACGUAUCUAUACCAGAUGCUGUUACAUUUAAAGGGUAUGCAAUAAAUUGU